AUGCCAGAUGUAUCACGAAGUAUAAUCGAUACCAUAUUACGCGUGAAUACUUGUGCUUAUGUGGCUACGAUUGUCAUAGGAGUAGUUGGCAAUCUUUGGGUCGCAUGGAAGGUCGGUGUGGUCCUGCUAUUCGGUCGCACGUCGUCCGUUCCCCGUCAAAUUCUCUACUGUAUAUUUGUGAUAUGUUGUGCUGAUUUGCUCGUUCUCUGUGAUCUAUCGCUUCUUGUACAUUUCCAAAUCUCAAAACAAUGGAUUUUUGGCGAUACGAUUUGCAAGAUGUUUUACUGCGUCGAAGUGCUCAACAAAUUUCUUAUCCCUCUUGCUUUAGUGCACAUCAGCCGAGCAUCGUACAAAUCGGUGAGCGUGCGAGACAAUCUCAAAGAUCGACCGCGUGCCUGUAUGAUUACAGCAAACGUUCUAGCAGCUGCUACCGUACUCAUGCUCAUGGUUUUCGUUGGAUAUUUUUCCAACACGAAUUCCUAUUGGGUUCGCGACAAACCGAUGACAGUGUGCAAUUUCAACCCACCGCCAUAUUACGAGACAGCUUUUAAUUUGAUUGCAUUCAUUGUGGGUUACAUCAUGACCAGUAUCGGUUACGUCUAUUUCUACGCUAAUGUACCGAUACUUCUGAAACGACGCUAUUCGACGAACGUAACAGCUGGACAACGAAUCAAUAGCCAAUCGAUACUUCGUAUUCGACGAACGGUGACGGCUUUCGUUGCCGUGUAUCUCAUGUGUUGGACUCCUUACUGGAUUCUAUUCUGGUUCCUCUCUAUGGUACACAUCCUGCACAGGUGGAUGGUUGUGGUAUCAGCGUUCACGCAUUUGCUACCCUAUAUCGCAUGCACGGCGUAUCCCGUGAUAUUGACCGCUAUGAAUAAGGAGAUUCGUAGCGCACAUUCGACAAUUAUCGACAGCAAGCGGCGCCAAUUGUCCACAAUACGAGAAGGAGCACUCCAGGCGAUGAUUGCCCACACGGGUAUGAUCCAAGGAUGGAUGCGUCUUGCGACAGUGCAGAAAUUGAGUACAUCUACAGAAGUCACAGAGUACCACGACGAUAAGAACGAACCUGUGCAAUUAUGA